AGUGGAUGGCGCGGGGCGGAGAGGCUGGUCCCCUCCGGCCCCAGGACCGGCGCCCCGCAGCAGCAAAGUUUGGAGUCGCGGGCGCCGCGCGCCGGUCCCUCCCCGCGCAGGUCCCUCGGAGAGUCUGUGCCGCCGCCGCUGCCAGGGCAGGACAAAGGCUCAUUAACACGUGAUGGGACCGCGCUUCAUAAAUGGGACCGGAGCGAGAGGGAGCCAGAGACAGCGCGCGAGCAGAGGGAGAGAGAGGCAGGGACCGCGCACCGGGGCGAGGCGACAGGCGCCCGGGCUGGCGGCGAUCGGCGGCCCCUGGCUGGCCAGGCGGGGCGAGCGGGAGGACCCAGCGAAGAGCCCCGAGCAGGGGCGAGGCUCGCCAGCGGCCGGGGCGGAGGGGGCGCCAGUCCCCGUGGCUGUCGCGGGUGGGCGCUGGAGCAGGGACGCCAGCGCGCGGACCGACUGACUUACUGACCGACCGGCGGAGGCACACCCCGCUCCACCCCACCCCGCCUCGCCCGAGUCCAGGCGCUGGCGACGCCUCCCCUCGGCCCCCUCUACUCCCUCUCCCUCCCCUUCCUUCUCCACUCGUCUUCUGCCUCCGCCUCCUCUUGGCUCCCGCGGCGACAGUGCCUUCCCCUGGCCCGGGCGGGGCGCCGCGGCUCCCUGCAGAGCUCUCCUAGAGUCUGGGGGGACAUUUCGUUCUAGCGGAGAUCCAGCCUCUGAGCUGGGCCAGAGGUGACAAGGGAGCUUCUGCCCCGAGGACCGGGGGAUGCGAAGGGACUCCUUCCUGCCGUCUCUUUCUCAGUCAUUUUGAAUCUGGCUUCGUUGAAGACUGAGGUUAUGAAGUCCAUUCUAGAUGGCCUUGCAGACACCACCUUCCGCACCAUCACCACAGACCUCCUCUACGUGGGCUCAAAUGACAUCCAGUACGAAGACAUCAAAGGUGACAUGGCAUCCAAAUUAGGAUACUUCCCACAGAAAUUUCCUUUAACUUCGUAUAGGGGCAGUCCCUUCCAGGAAAAGAUGACCGCAGGAGACAGUGCCCAGCUGGUUCCAGCAGACCCAGGGAAUCUUACCGAAUUCUACAACAAGUCUCUGUCAUCCUACAAGGAGAACGAUGAGAACAUCCAGUGUGGGGAGAACUUCAUGGAUAUGGAGUGCUUCAUGAUCCUGAACCCCAGCCAGCAACUGGCCAUUGCAGUCCUUGCACUCACGCUGGGCACUUUCACAGUUCUGGAGAACCUGCUGGUCCUCUGUGUCAUCCUCCACUCCCGCAGCCUCCGAUGCAGGCCUUCCUACCACUUCAUCGGCAGCCUGGCAGUGGCAGAUCUCUUAGGGAGUGUCAUUUUUGUCUACAGUUUCGUUGACUUCCAUGUGUUCCACCGAAAAGAUAGCCCCAAUGUGUUUCUGUUUAAACUGGGUGGGGUCACCGCCUCUUUCACCGCCUCCGUGGGCAGCCUGUUCCUCACGGCCAUCGACAGGUACAUAUCAAUUCAUAGGCCCCUGGCCUAUAAGAGGAUCGUCACGAGGCCCAAGGCUGUGGUGGCCUUCUGCUUGAUGUGGACCAUAGCCAUUGUAAUUGCCGUGCUGCCUCUCCUAGGCUGGAACUGCAAAAAACUACAAUCUGUUUGCUCAGACAUUUUCCCGCUCAUUGACGAAACCUACCUGAUGUUCUGGAUUGGGGUCACCAGUGUGCUGCUGCUGUUCAUCGUGUAUGCAUACAUGUACAUUCUCUGGAAGGCUCACAGCCAUGCAGUCCGCAUGAUUCAGCGUGGAACUCAGAAAAGCAUCAUCAUCCACACAUCAGAGGAUGGCAAGGUACAGGUAACCCGGCCAGACCAAGCCCGAAUGGACAUUAGGCUGGCCAAGACCCUAGUCCUGAUCCUGGUGGUUUUGAUCAUCUGCUGGGGCCCUCUGCUUGCCAUCAUGGUGUACGAUGUCUUUGGGAAGAUGAACAAGCUCAUUAAGACGGUGUUCGCCUUCUGCAGUAUGCUCUGCCUGCUGAACUCCACGGUGAACCCCAUUAUCUAUGCUCUGAGGAGCAAGGACCUGAGACAUGCUUUCCGGAGCAUGUUCCCCUCGUGUGAAGGCACUGCACAGCCUCUGGAUAACAGCAUGGGGGACUCGGACUGUCUGCAUAAGCAUGCAAACAACACAGCCAGUGUUCACAGAGCUGCAGAAAGCUGCAUUAAGAGCACGGUCAAGAUUGCCAAGGUGACAAUGUCUGUGUCCACAGACACGUCUGCCGAGGCUCUGUGAGCCUGAUGCCUCCCUGGCAGCACAGGAAAAGAAAUGCAUUUUUUUUUAAAGCUCAAAAUCAAGAGGAGUCUGUCGUCUCAUCAGUUAUAUUUUUUUUAAGUUUACCAUGCUCAGUGAAAAGGUGAUUGUCACCAUGCUCAUUUAUCAGUUUGCUGACAUUUUAAUAGUUUAGGUACUCAGACUCCCUUCUCCAGGGGUUUACAGUGAAGAAAGCUUGUUGCUUAAGUGACUGAAUAAUUCUUGAGAGUCUCAGUGAAAUAGAAAGGAAACCUUUGGCUAUACAAUUUGAAGUCCAAGUACCCAUAGAAAAUGCCAUCAAAUGAGUAAUGCCUUUGUAAUCACAAUUUUCCUUCUUAUGUGACAUGUAUCUGUUCAUAGUAUCAGAGAUGUCCAUUUUUAUAACAGUUGUAGUACUAAACUAGAGGUAUUUUGUAAAAUGUAUUGUGUCUCGUGAGUUGUAUAUCAGUGUUUACUAUAUGUUAUUUAUAUUUGUCUAGUUUAGCAAAACUGAAAGGUAGAUUUUUAUGGGAGCAGUGAAACACAGCAGUGGAUAGAUGCCAAUGAGACCACUUUUUAAAAAUUAUUGUCCAUGAUGUUUUAGAAACCUUAAUAUUUCUUCAAAUAUCUCCAUCUGAAUUUGACACAGAAAUAACCAUAAAGGUUUAUUUUUCUGAUAAAAGAACAAGAAGAAUUUGAAGAUUUUCCAAAGUGUUGAGCAGAAUUUAUUGACACGAAAAAUUUUGGUAAGCCCUGUAUUUUCAUAGAAGGACAUUUUUCGUCUCCUGCACCAUCACUGUUCUAUUGGGUAAUGGAACCCAAUAGCUAUUUCAGAAUGGAAAUGAGAAAGCAUAUUGACUUUUUUAGGCUGACAUCUCUGACUUUCUUUAGUUGUUAGCUAUUACUGGACCUCUUAAAAUAGCAUGUGUCAAUCUUAAUGUAUAUUGUUGUCACUGUGCAGUUGCUGUUUAACUUGAAGAGUAUUGCAUUCUUAUAUUCCAGGUUUAAGUAGAUUUUAUGCCUGGUGGCCAAACAAAAGUUCUACUUUUUUUAAUUGAAAAAAUAUUGUCUGGUUAAGUAAAAUUAUAUUGUGUGUGAGUGUGAAUGUACAUGUGUAUAUGUGUAUGUUUUCUAUCGUGUAACUGUUACUGCAGUGUCAUAAAGUGAGAAAACUAUGACCAAGUGUAAACUGUACCAUUUGCUGCACACUUGCACAUGAAUGCAGUUUCUAAAAUUGAGUUCUUCCAGAAAUCUUGUUGACAAAAAAUUCUGAUUAUAAAGCUUUCAGAAAAACUUGUCCACCUUACGAGAUUGAGUCAAGUAUUGCUAAAUUAGCCUUUUGGUAUUCCAUAAGACCAGUGUGUAGUAAGGGAUAAUCAAUAAUGGAUAUUCAAGUAAACAUUUGUGUUUACAGUGCUGUGGAAAAAUGAGAGUGUUUUGAUUUAUGAGCACUUAGUGUUCAUAAAGUAGAGAUGUAGAUCAUUAAAAUGAAGAUGAUUCUAAAAACCCCCAAUAGUAGCAUUUUUCAAUUGUGCAUGUAGAUAGUAUGAUCCCAGUUUUAGUAGCAUUAUACAUGCCAUGCUGAAACAGGACUACCAAGUCUAGGUCAUGUGGUUAAGAAGGCUUAAUCAAGAAGUGAUGAGACAGGCAAUGAUGAACUAGCACAUUUAGAAUUGAGGUAUGAGUACCAUAUACUCAACUUGGGCUUUGUCCAGAUGCCCUUCAUGAAGAUAAAGAUGGCUUUCCUUCUUUGGAUACGCCAGUCUCAUAUUCCUUAAUGGUACCAUGAGUGCUUAGAAUUAGGCCCUUUUCCAGUAAGGAAAGAUAGUGCUUAAGAAGCUACCUGAUCCUGUCAAAGUUUACUUACAAUCUUUCCUCUUAUACAGAUAAAUGGCUCCUACAAGAUACUGGGGCCUGCAUACCAUUAAAGGAAAUGUAGAGCUAUCUUCUGUCUUGUCAUUUCUUGCUCUAGUGAUACCAAGCUGCCUGAUGGGGCAGGUUAUGGUCUGAGAUGGAAUGUGCCCUGUGGAUCUUGCUGGGAUAUCGCUAGAAGCUAGAAUCUGCCUGCUUGUUUUCUCUUUUUACCUUUCUGUGAUGUGCAAAUGAGGGUUCAGAGCGCUGGAGUGAAAAAAAAUGUUUAGAAGGAGAUAAGAUUAUUGACAAACAGAAUUUGUCAGGUUCUAGUUUCCACUUAAGAAUUGCCAGUCUUCUGCAUCAUCCUGAAUAUUAAUCAAUGUAUCUUAGGGUUCACCGGGCAGUACCAAAUCUCUUAAUACAACUGUAAAGACCUGGUGGAGAUGAAAUUCUUAUAGGCAUAAAAAGUUCCAGGAUUUCUUUUUGAAACUGUGUUAGUGCAAAUGCCAUGUAGAUUUAUUAGUGUAUUAUUCUUUCAAAACCUAAAUGGUAUAUAAAAAUUAAGGGACAAUGGGGCUGAUAGCACUAAACUUGGUGCUUACUGAUAUUCUAAGAAAUAUCUGUGAAAUAUCAUCAUAUAUGUGUUUUACCACCUUCAUUUAAAAACAUUUAACAUUAGUUGGAUUCAUUCUGACACUUCCCAUAUCAUUUCCUAAUCCAACUGACUAAAGUAUUCUCCCCCAUGAAUAUACUCAUUAGAAUUAUCAUUCAUUAGCAUCAUUCAUUAAGUAAUCCCUUAAUUAGAUCCAUUAAUUUAAAUACGAUUAAAAUUUAAGUAUUUGUAGGCUCUGGCAACAGAGUUAUCCACUUUCCUCCGAGGAUGACGUUGGUCCUGACCAUGCAUUUUGCCAUCAUUCAUCUUUAGAAAGGGCCAAAUUCCUAACCUACUCAACUGUUUAGAAUCAUGAUGAUUCAGACCUUGACUGUUUCAUUUAUACAAGUAAGUCUGUCUCCAGGAAUCAACUUAUUUUUCACUGCAUAUUGAAUACAUGUAAGAGAAAUGUGGAUCUGAGAGGUACUAAGACAGGUGCCUACAACUGAGAGGAUUCCCAACCUUUCCUGGUAGCUUGAGCCAGGUCCUUUUGUUAUUAAAUGUCAAGGAAUUUUGGCUGCCUAAAUCCACACUGCAGGAAACAGGCCCAAUAACCAAAUAAAAGCCAGGCCCUGGAUGAGUAGCAUUCUAAUUAUUUUCCUGUUCAAUAUUUUCUGCCAUUCUAUAUCCAUAAAAGUGAUUACCAAUAUCAUGCACAAAAUUGGAUUAUUCACACUCUUUAACUGUAUAUUUGUAUAAUAUUUUAAAAUCUCCUAAAUGCUGGGCAAUGGCCAUUCACAAUUGUUUUGCACUGGCCUUCUGAUGAAAUGUUGACAAUGCCUAUUGUAAUAUAGACAAAACAUUCUCUCUACUGAUUUGGGCUGAAUGUAUGUAAAUAGGUUUUUUAAAAGCCAGAUGUUUAAGCAAUGGAUUACCAAUCAGUAAUUUUCAGAUAGGAGAGUUUCUUUACAUUGCUGUGACAUCCUAAAAGCUCUCUUUAUGUAAACUUACUGGACUAGGCCUCCUGGGGGUCAGAGUCCCCAAGAAAGGAAGCUUUUUCUUGUAAUAAUAUGAAUUAAUAUACCAGAUUACCUAGAUUCUUAUUCCAAUGUUUCAAGUGGAAAACAUAACUCCUUACUGUCUGUAAAUCUAACAUUAUUACUUUUCCUCUUAGAAGAAUAUUGUAUUGUUAGAUGUUUGUUGAGCUGGUAACAUCCUUGCAACCGCUGCAAUAUCUUCGUUAGUAAUCUGUAUAAUACUUUGUAUGCAAGUACUGGUAAUAUUGUUAUUAAAUGUAGCUCCAGUCAUUAAAUUGCUAGAGUAAAGUAGUACUUCUGUAAUAUUUACAAUGUAUUACAGUAUAUUUUAUUUUGUUGGUGUAAUGUGUUAUUUAUUCAAGAGAAAACAUUUCAUCAUGUCUAUUGUCUAAAGUUACCUGGAAUCAAAUAAAAAUUCUAGAUUAUCUUGAAGAACAUAAAA